AAGCCCGGAAGGAGGGGCGGGGGGCGGUGGCUCAGGUUUCUCCUGGCGGCGGCGGUGGCGGUGGCGGCGGCGGCGGCGGCGCGGCUGGCUCUGGCGCCAUGAACUCGCUGUAACACGCAGGCUGCGCGGCGCGGGGGGCGGGAGGAAGGACGCAGCGGUGAAGUACUCCGCCAUGAACCUGAGGGGCCUCUUCCAGGACUUCAACCCGAGUAAAUUCCUCAUCUAUGCCUGUCUGCUACUGUUCUCUGUGCUGCUGGCCCUUCGUUUGGAUGGCAUCAUUCAGUGGAGUUACUGGGCUGUUUUUGCUCCAAUAUGGCUUUGGAAGUUAAUGGUCAUUGUUGGAGCCUCAGUUGGAACUGGAGUCUGGGCACGAAAUCCUCAAUAUCGAGCAGAAGGGGAAACAUGCGUGGAGUUCAAAGCCAUGUUGAUUGCAGUGGGCAUCCACUUGCUCCUGUUGAUGUUUGAAGUUCUGGUCUGUGACAGAAUUGAGAGAGGAAGCCAUUUCUGGCUUCUGGUCUUCAUGCCACUCUUCUUUGUUUCCCCGGUGUCUGUUGCAGCUUGUGUAUGGGGCUUUCGACAUGACAGGUCACUAGAGUUAGAAAUCCUGUGUUCUGUCAACAUUCUCCAGUUUAUAUUCAUUGCCUUAAGACUGGACAAGAUCAUCCACUGGCCCUGGCUUGUUGUGUGCGUUCCCCUGUGGAUUCUCAUGUCCUUCCUGUGCCUGGUGGUCCUCUACUACAUCGUGUGGUCCGUCCUGUUCUUGCGCUCCAUGGACGUGAUUGCAGAGCAGCGCAGGACUCACAUAACAAUGGCCCUGAGCUGGAUGACCAUCGUCGUGCCUCUUCUCACUUUUGAGAUUCUGCUGGUUCACAAACUGGACGGCCACAACGCGUUCUCCUGUAUACCCAUCUUCGUGCCCCUGUGGCUCUCCUUGAUCACACUGAUGGCAACCACGUUCGGACAGAAGGGAGGAAACCACUGGUGGUUUGGUAUUCGCAAAGAUUUCUGUCAGUUUCUGCUUGAAAUCUUCCCAUUUUUGCGAGAGUACGGAAACAUUUCCUAUGAUCUCCAUCAUGAAGAUAAUGAAGAAACUGAAGAAACCCCAGUUCCGGAACCUCCUAAAAUUGCUCCUAUGUUUCGAAAGAAGACCAGGGUAGUCAUCACGCAGAGCCCUGGAAAGUAUGUGCUGCCCCCUCCCAAAUUAAACAUCGAAAUGCCCGAUUAAAUGCCGCCUCGGGGGACAGCACGUAAGUGGACUGGGACGCACACUCUCUCCACCUCCCUCUGCCACCUCUUCACCCACAGCCCAGCCCCAGAAGUGGAGCUGGGCCUCCCUCGAGGUACGUCCAUCUCACGCCUUGUUUGCAUCCAACGCCUAUCAGCCACUCAGCACGAAGGGACGCGGAGGUGGCAGGUGACUGGCCAGGGUGUGUGUCAGCGGACCUGGCUGCCAGGGAGAGUGGGAGAGGGAGCAAGGAUUUAUAUCCGUCUGGGUGGGAGGCUGAGGCGGUCCCUGGUCCCCGUCGGAGCCAGGGUGGUGGCGGGCUGACGAGCCCCGCAGAAGGGACAUCUCUCUCCAUGGCUGGUUUCCAAAGUGCUAAAAGUUCUGAUCCAACGUGUUGUUCCAAAAUGUAUUUUCCCACAGGGCCAGCCCCCAUGUGCAGCUUCCAGUUGUCCCGGUCUUGGCGUAGUCAGUAGGAACUGUAACGAUGUCUCUAAGGCACCGGGUGGGUGUUGACACACAGCACAGUCCUCCUUUUUCCUAUUGCUACCGUGGAAGUCGUUUCUCUUUGGGCACCCUGACAGCAGUUUUUAAUAGCCUCACGGGUGCGCCCUGUCUAAUGGAGUCACUCCAUGCCUGUAUAGUAUUUAUACAAAUAUUUUAGCAUCGUAAUACACGGUGUUAACUCCUAGUUCUGUACAGUCUACUCUGUUAAAGUAUUUUUUUACAAGCUUGUGCUGCAGACGAGGAGGUGUUCUGCUGCAGAAGGAGAAGCCGGCGGCACGCCUGCCCCACCCCAGCGGGCUGCCACACCUUCACGGGACAUUGCCCUUGCCGCCCUGGAAUUCCUCCGGGAACCCCAUAGCCACUACUGCCAGGACAGCCACAGCAAGCAAGGAAGCAAGCAAGAGGUGGUUCGCGCUUCUCUGACGUUCUGGGAAUAGUGACUGGCCGAAAACCCAUAAGGCGCUGCUGGACGCCGGGACACUGGAGGAUGUUGCCCAGAGCAGAAAUGGCGUCCGUGUUAAGGCUCGAGCUUUCUGUCUGCCAGCAACCAGGAGGCUUUAGACGAGGCGCGAUGCUUUCACACGUGAGUGCGGAUUCUCCAGGCACCGCGGGUACAGCCGUGAGUCACACGCUACAGGGGUGAUAGCCUCCUGCCUGAAAACAAAUCGGUCAUUCAUUUAAAAGCGGGCAAAAGGGGGCAUCGAUCUACUCCGCCGGGAGAGGGGUGUGCAGUGUUAACGUGGGCAGCUGCUCGCCGGCCCAAGUCGGCUUCAGUCCAGUGCAGCACAUGCAGGCUCCGCCCUGCAGCAGGCCUCCAGGGAGCCUGUUCUGCUUGGGGUGAGGGGGAAAGGAAAGGUGUAGCUUUACCUGCUCCGUGUGUAAAAAGUGUAGCUAAAUCCACUAUUUUUACUCUCUUAAGCUGUCCAAUAAACUGGCUCUUCAUUUUACACGG